AUGGGACACUGGGGAUUUGACCGCACGAUCUUCGGCACGCCUAAGAUUCUGUAUCAUUACACCCCCGCAACUUCUCAUCGAGCGAUCAGAACCUCCGGCACAUUGAUGCCGGCAGAAACUGCCGUUGUCGGACCCGGAGUUUACUUCACGAAUCUACAGCAAGGUUUAUUUAGCCUGACGGAGGUGAAAAAAGAAACGGUCGUUGGAGAAGAGUGCGUCGUGGCAUUUGAUGCGGAUGCCCUCAGGGAAAAGCAGAACUUCUACCUUGACCGCUUUCUGGAUGUGCGUAGGCGUCAGAAUGCAGGCGAGCCACAAGCUCGGUUGGCCGCUGACUGGCGGAGCCUUGGUGGAGCAGACAAUUUGCGAGCUUUCGAUGAGUACAUGAAGAACACCGGCACCGCAAUAAUGCCCGAAGUAAUGACACGCGGCAGUCCCUCCGGGGCACAGAAGGAAGCGAGCCUGAGUGACGUACUCGCUCGGCGACAGAAGGAGGUAGCCUGGGAAUUGAAGGAAAACUUAAACGACGAAGGAACAUAUCUUCUUGGGCCAACGAACCACUGGCGGGCGCGCAAAAAAGCCGCCUACACAAACGCACGUGGCCGCCGCAAUGGCUUUGACAUGCCGCCCGGCCGCGAAAGCGAGGGGGACGUUGUUAACCCGCCCGUCACCGAGAAUGGCGGCGAGAUUAAUUUGUCCACGCUUGACGAGGGCUACGACUUUAUCUCGGUCUGCGGACUC